CUAAAACGCAAUAAGCUCGAUCUCUUCGUCCAUCGUAGGAUUGUACGACUGCACCGAUUUUCAAACCCUUUUUCGCUUGUGAUUUUUUGCUUGAGCUACUAGACAAUGGCUUCGACUUCGAAAUUCUGGGGCCGCCAGAGUGAUCAAAGUGACAGCGAUAGCGAUUCAGAAGAUGAGCCCGUAAUCACAGAUGAGGAGACGACUAGCAUUAAGAAAAUCAAAAACAAAUACGAAAUUGAAAGUGAUGAUGAGGAAAGCUCUGAUGACGAAAAGCGUGUGGUUAAGUCAGGGAAAGCUAAGCGAUUCGAGGAGAUGUGUGCUACUGUUGACAAGAUAAACAAGGCAAAGAACAUAAACGAUUGGGUGAGCUUGCAGGAAUCGUUUGACAAGAUGAAUAAACAGCUUGAGAAGGUGAUGCGCGUAGCCCGGUCUGCAAAAGUACCAACUCUGUACAUCAGAGCGCUUGUUUUGUUGGAGGAGUAUGUAGCCGAGGCUCUAGCAAAUAAGGAUGCUAAGAAGAAGAUGAGUAGCACCAAUGCCAAGGCCUUGAACUCGAUGAAACAGAAACUCAAGAAGAACAAUAGGGAAUAUGAGGAUUUGAUUCAGAAGUACAAGGAGAAUCCUACAGAAGAAGAGCUUUCGGAAGAGGAAGAAUUUGAAACAAAUUCUGAAAUUGAAGUUCCUAAAGAUGUUGGAUAUGGGGAGGAUGAGGAAAAGGAGGAUGGUUGGGAGAGAAAAUCUAGUAAGAGGAGCAAGCUUGUCCUGGAUAAGCAGCAGUUCAUGAGUGACCCUCGUCAGGUUACGUGGGAUACAGUCAACAAGAAAUUCAAAGAGGUUGUGGCUGUUAGGGGAAGGAAGGGAACGAGAUGGUUUGAGCUAGUUGAGCAGCUUAUUUUCUUGGCAAAGGUUGCUAAGACUCCUGCGCAGAAGCUUGAGAUUUUUCUCAGUAUUGUUUUUGCUCAAUUUGAUGCUGGUCUCCAUGGGCACAUGCCUACGCAUGUGUGGAAACAUUGUGUGCAGAAUAUGCUUGUUAUUCUUGAUAUUCUGGUGCAAUAUCCCAACAUCCGUGUCGUUAACAAGGCGGAGAUUGAUGAUAAUGGAUCUCAGCAUGGAUCUGACUAUAAUGGGACAAUCAGUGUCAGUGGAAACUUGGGGGGUUUUGUGGAAAGAAUAGAUGAUGAUUUUUUCAAGAGCUUACAGAGUCUAGACCCUCACACCACUGAGUACAUUGAAAGACUCAGAGAUGAGCCUAUGCUUUUCGUUCUUGCUCAGAAUGUUCAAGAAUAUUUGGAGCAAGUUGGAGAUUUCAAAGCAGCUGCAAAGGUAGCCCUAAGGCAGGUUGAACUCCUUCACUACAAGCCUCAAGAAGUCUAUAAUGCCAUGAGAAAACUAGCUGAGCAAACAGAAAGUGGUGAUAAUGGUGAAGUGACUGAAGUCCAUGACGCUACAUCUGCAUUUCUUGCAUCUCCUGAGCUCGUACCUCGGGGACCUGCGUUUUUGGAGAGUAGUAGGGCCCUCAUGGAUAUUCUCGUCUCUUUCAUAUACAAAUAUGGAGAUGAUAGGACUAAAGCUCGUGCAAUGCUUUGUGAUAUUUACCACCAUGCUCUCCUGGAUGAUUUCUCUACUGCCCGUAACUUGCUGCUAAUGAGUCACCUGCAAGACAGUAUUCACCAUAUGGACAUUUCAUCCAAAAUCCUUUUCAAUAGGGCUAUGGCACAGCUUGGUCUGUGUGCAUUUCGUAAUGGACUAAUUACUGAAGGACAUAGCUGCCUUUCUGAACUAUAUUCAGGUGGAAAAGUGAAGGAGUUGCUCGGACAAGGUGUGUCCCGAAGUAGAUAUCAAGAGAAAACCCCUGAACAGGGGAGUCUUGAGAGACCCUAUCAUAUGCACAUCAACCUUGAGCUCCUAGAGGCAGUGCAUUUGAUAUGUGCCAUGCUGCUGGAAGUGCCUAAUAUGGCAGCAGCCAACACCAAUACAAAACGCAGGGUGAUUAGUAAGACAUUCCGGUGGUUGCUUGAGAAGCAAACAUUCAUAGGACCUCCUGAAACUGUCAGGGACCAUGUAAUUGCAGCUACAAGGGCCCUCUUCAAAGGUGACUUCCAAAAGGCCUUUGAUGUCAUCAGUUCUCUUCAUGUCUGGAAGCUCCUCAGGAAUCGUGAGAAUGUUCUGGAGAUGCUCAAUGCUAAUAUCAAGGAGGCGGCUCUGAGGACCUACCUUUUCACCUACUAUCCGUCCUAUAAAUCUUUAAGCAUUGAGCAAGUGACCAACAUGUUUGACCUCUCAGAGGCCGAGACUCAUAGCAUUGUUAGCAAGAUGAUCAUGAACGAAGAGCUCCAUGCUCGUUUGGACCAGCAAACACGUUGCAUUGUCUUCCCCGAUAAUGACCGCACUAGUUUGGUGAAUAUACUCAAGCUGGUUGACAGGCUGUCAGUCCUCUGCGAAAAUAAUGAAAAGUUAGCAGAGCUGAGGAUAGGUGGUGGUGUAUUAAGUAUGCCUUCAGGGAGGCCGAGUUGCUAUCAAACUCUUCAAUCUCAUUAGAGUAAUUGUUUUGAUCUUUUUGUGCUGUUUUGCCUAUGUUCAUCUCAUAGAGAGUAAUUCAAUAAAAUUUCUGGUUUUUGGAGUAAGCAACUGUAUUUUUGGCUCUACUUACCAAAUUAGUGAAAGUGGUCAACUGACUCAACUCGAUGUAGUGCAUGUUCCUUACAGAGAGAGUAACUCUAUGUAAUGUUUAAAAUUUCUGGUUUUUGCUUU